AUGAGCGCAGCGUUCCCGCCGUCGCUGAUGAUGAUGCCGCGCCCGCUGGGGAGUAGCACCGCCUUCAGCAUAGACUCGCUGAUCGGCAGCCCGCCGCAGCCCAGCCCCGGUCAUUUCGUCUACACCGGCUACCCCAUGUUCAUGCCCUACCGGCCGGUGGUGCUGCCGCCGCCGCCGCCGCCGCCGCCCGCGCUGCCCCAGGCCGCGCUGCAGCCCGCGCUGCCGCCCGCGCACCCGCACCACCAGAUCCCCAGCCUGCCCACCGGCUUCUGCUCCAGCCUGGCGCAGGGCAUGGCGCUCACCUCCACGCUCAUGGCCACGCUGCCUGGAGGCUUCUCCGCGUCGCCCCAGCACCAAGAGGCGGCGGCCGCCCGCAAGUUCGCGCCGCAGCCGCUGCCCGGCGGCGGCAACUUCGACAAAGCCGAAGCGCUCCAGGCCGACGCGGAGGACGGCAAAGCCUUCCUGGCCAAGGAGGGCUCGCUGCUCGCCUUCUCCGCGGCCGAGGCCGUUCAGGCUUCGCUCGUCGGGGCUGUCCGAGGGCAAGGGAAAGACGAGGCAAAGGUGGAAGAUGACCCGAAGGGCAAAGAGGAGAGUUUCUCUCUGGAGAGCGAUGUGGACUACAGCUCAGAUGACAAUCUGACUGGCCAGACGGCUCACAAGGAGGAAGACCCCGGCCACGCGCUGGAGGAGACCCCGCCAAGCGGCGGAGCAUCCGGCAGCACCACAUCCACCGGCAAGAACCGGCGGCGGCGGACUGCCUUCACGAGCGAGCAGCUGCUCGAGCUGGAGAAGGAAUUCCAUUGCAAAAAGUACCUCUCCUUGACGGAGCGCUCGCAGAUCGCCCACGCCCUCAAACUCAGCGAGGUGCAAGUGAAAAUCUGGUUCCAAAACCGCCGGGCCAAGUGGAAACGGGUGAAGGCAGGCAAUGCCAAUUCCAAGACAGGAGAGCCCUCACGGAACCCCAAGAUCGUCGUUCCCAUCCCCGUCCACGUCAGCAGGUUCGCUAUCAGAAGUCAGCACCAGCAGCUGGAGCAGGCCCGGCCCUGAGGGCCCCAGCCAGGCCGGGCACUCACCAUGCAGAAGCCCCGGCACCUAAGGGAACCCAUGGUGAGCUCUACUGCUUGGAGCAAAACUCAAAAGGAACCUCCCAGAUGUGUGCAUCCCACCUCCCAGAUGUGUACAUCCCAAGCAAGUUGAGAAUUUAUUCACUAAGACAGGCUGGAAAGACUGCUGCGCAGAGGACACCCACAGAUAUGCUAAAUAUUUAUUAUACCACCCUACUUUGUACAUAGAUCUCUCUAUAGACUGCAUCUCAGCCGCGGUAUUUUGAAAGUUAUAGGAACAAACUACCCCGUCAUGUCUCCACUUAAAUGCCACAAGAAGACAAAACCCUCCGCCUCCGCUGUGCUCUGCCGUGCUCAGCGGCCGCCACUCCCCAAGGUAAACGUGAAAUACAAGAACAAACACUGGGGUUCAAACUUAUUUUUGCUUCCGUUCUGGCUUUUUGAGUUGAGCGCGAAGUCGAUGUGGGGGCAGCCUGGAAGUCCGCUCUGCCGUUUGCUUUUGCCUGCCUUCUCUUUCCUGGGGCUGCCCAUCCUCUCUGAGCCUUGUCCGAAG